ACCGUUUUCACCAACAAGGGGAUGGCGGCUCACAUAAGCCAGAACCGACUCAAGGCCAAGGGCAUGGGCCAGCACCACAACGCCCAGAACUACAACAACCAGAGCUUUGAGGAGCUGCGAGCACUCUGCCUACGGAAGGGGCAGCUGUUCAAGGACCCCUUUUUCCCUGCUGAACCCAGCUCACUGGGCUUCAAGGAACUGGGCCCCAACUCCAAACACGUGCAGAACAUCAGCUGGCAGCGGCCCCGUCAAAUCACAAGCAAUCCUCAAUUCAUUGUGAAUGGGGUCAGCCCGACUGACAUCUGCCAGGGGGUGCUCGGGGACUGCUGGCUGCUUGCUGCCAUCGGCUCCCUUACGGUGUACCCCGAACUGCUGUACCGCGUGGUGCCCAGGGGGCAGAGCUUCAAGAAAAACUAUGCUGGUAUCUUCCAUUUUCAGAUUUGGCAGUUUGGGCAGUGGAUGGACGUGGUGGUGGAUGACCGGCUGCCCACAAAGAAUGGCAAGCUGGUGUUCGUGCAUUCAGCCGAGCGCACCGAGUUCUGGAGUGCCCUGCUGGAGAAGGCGUACGCCAAGCUGAACGGAUCCUAUGAAGCCCUGUCAGGGGGCAGCACGGUGGAGGGCUUUGAGGACUUCACGGGGGGCGUGACCCAGAGCUUCCAACUCCGGAAGCCCCCUCCGAACCUGCUGAGGAUGCUUAGAAAGGCCAUAGAGCGAUCAUCCCUCAUGGGGUGCUCCAUCGAAAUCAACAGCCAAAGUGACUUGGAGUCAUUGACGGAAAGGAUGCUGGUGAAAGGACAUGCUUACUCAGUGACCGGCCUUCAGGAUGUCCUGUACCGCGGCAGGAUGGAAACACUGAUUCGGGUCCGGAAUCCCUGGGGCCGGAUUGAGUGGAAUGGAGCCUGGAGUGACAAUGCCAAGGAGUGGGAAGACGUGGCCCCAGACGUCCAGAGGCAGCUGCUGCACAGGAAGGAGGACGGAGAGUUCUGGAUGUCCUACGGAGAUUUCCUGGACAACUUCACCCUCCUGGAAAUCUGCAACCUGAUACCCGACACGCUUUGUGGGGACUACAAGAGGUGUUGGCACACCACCUUCUACGAGGGCAGCUGGAGGAGGGGCAGCACUGCAGGGGGCUGCCGGAGCUACAUUGACACAUUCUGGACCAACCCACAGUUUAAGAUCUCUCUCCCCGAGGAGGAUGAUGCCCCAGAGGACGACGAAGCCGUCUGCACCUGCCUGGUGGCCCUGAUGCAGAAGAACUGGAGGCGGGCACGGCCCCAGGGAGCCCAGCUGCAGACCAUCGGCUUUGUCAUCUACUCCGUCCCAAAGGAGUUUCAGAACCUCCAGGACGUCCACUUGAAAAAGGACUUCUUCGUGAAGUAUCAGGACCUGGGCUUCUCAGAGAUCUUCACCAACUCACGGGAGGUCAGCAGCCACCUCCGGCUGCCUCCGGGGGAAUACAUCAUCAUUCCCUCCACCCUUGAGCCGCACAAGGAUGCUGACUUCCUGCUCCGGGUCUUCACGGAGAAGCACAGCGAGUCCUGGGAACUGGAUGAAGCCAACAUCGCUGAGCUUCUCCAAGAGGAGAACAUCUCUGAGAAUGACAUAGACCAGGACUUCAUACGUUUGUUUCACAUAGUGGCCGGUGGAGAGGACAAGGAGGUGGGCAUAUAUGAGCUACAGAAGCUGCUCAACAAGGUGUUCUCCGAAGUCAAAAACCUCAAAACCAAGGGUUUCAGCCUGGACGUGUGCCGCUGUAUGGUCAACCUCUUGGAUAAGGAUGGCUCUGGCACACUGGGGCUUCAGGAGUUCCAGAUCCUGUGGAGAAAAAUCAAGAAAUGGACGGACAUCUUCCGAGAGUGUGACCAGGACCACUCAGGCACCUUGAACUCCUAUGAGAUGCGCUUGGCAAUUGAGAAAGCAGGCAUCAAACUGAAUAACAAGGUGACACAGGUGUUGGUGGCCAGGUAUGCAAAUGACGAAAUGAUCAUGGAUUUUGACAGCUUCAUCAGCUGUUUCCUGAGGCUGAAGGCCAUGUUCACGUACUUUCUAACCAUGGACCCUAACAAUACUGGCCAGAUUUGCUUGAACCUGAACCAGUGGCUGCAGAUAACCAUGUGGGGUUAGUCACUGCGGGACCCUGGCUUCCUACCGCCAUCGGCCCCGCCCCCUGCCCCGCCCCGCCCCACCACCACCCCGCCGGGUUCUGGCCUGGGGGCCGGGGUGCUCCUUGUGGCGCUCAACUCUGCGGUCUCUGCUGAUGGAACGGCCGAGAUGCCGUGCUUAUUCCAGCAGCAGGACCUCCAGGCCCACCCUCCCAGCGCAAAGAGUUUUUCCCCCACAGUCUCCCUCCCUCUCUGAGUACAUUUCACUAAACAUUAAGUGACACUUCUGCGGUGUCCCCGGCUGGGGAGACUGUCCACGUUUCCUACCCUACUCAACGCUGGCCUGUUUCAUGGCUCCUCCCUUCUCCCCCCCACUCAAGGGCAUUAUUAUAAUGAACAACACAUGCCACUGGCUUCUGUGUCUCUUGUGUUUCUAUGCCAGAAAAAGACUGGCAGGGGUGUAAGUCAUUUCCUCAGUACCAAAGAGGGGACACCCAGGAGCUCUCAGUUGGGGUGAUACCACCCCCUAUCCAGGGAGCAUUUGGAAAUGUGUGGUUGUCACAGAAGCUAGAGGGCGCUGGUGUCAUUUAUGGGCAGCGGCUGGGAUGCUAAAGGCAUAAGAGUCCCUGUCUGUGAACUGUACACAGCGCGGUACCCAGAGCAGCAUCCGACGGGAGGGCUGAGCCGCAGGACCCAGAACCGCCCCUCCCAUCUCCUUCCUCAAACUGGAGUCUCCAAAGGUGACACUGCUGGUCUAGCAAAAGUCAAAAAUCCUGCACCGGCAGGAGUCAGCCAGUCAUAGAAAGGAACUGGCCCUCUUAGAUGUGUGGCUGGGAGGGGUGGGGGACAGUGGCCGUGGGUGAGUUCAUUCCUGCCUUAAAGGUGUUCAGAUUCAAAUCAUUCUUACUGUUAAAAAACUGCUGACUGCCAGGCUAUGGUCCUCACCGGAAGGGUGGAGGGAUCCUUGGUUCACCAGUCCUUGACCUUGGAGUCUCUGCCUCAGAUGCCCCCUGUUUCCAGCCCCCAGCCUCCUGCUGCAGUGCGAAAACUGAGACCACCAGCAGUGUCCCCCAACUGCACUUCUCCUGUCCUUCCAGAUCGCUCCGUGGCUUCCCGCUCUGGGGAACUGUGCCUGCGAGCUUUUCAGCCUCUUGCAUACAGACCGCUUCCAAAUUCCCUUAGAUUAGUGUCGAAUAAAUCUAAACCCCAAAAGAAUUGGGAUCCGUCCUGGGUCUGUGUACUUUCAGCUUCCCAGCGUAGCUAGCUUCGUUUCCUCCUGCAGUAAGGACUCCAAGACUUCCUUCUAUUUGCACUAAACACGCCCAUUCCUCUUAUGCUUGGGGGCGUGGGGGGCUUCCAGCCUUCCUGGGUCUGGUGACUGAUUCCCUGCACUAGCCCUGCCCCCUGCCUCCUCUGUGACAACUGCCCAUCACUGUCACUCCAUUGCCUCCCCCACCACCUCCCGAGGAAUCAUUUCCUGCCCUGCCACUCUCUUCUCCCAUCCUCUCCCCUCUGCAGUCUUGUCUGAGAGAGAAGGUCACACUCUGUUAAUGAGGGUCUUAAGACUGAUUCCUCCACCCUAAUUUUCUACCACCACCUUUUCUCCUCAGAGCAGCGAAGGAGCAAAGGUCCCUGGGUGGGUCAUGGAUCCUUUGGGAGAGGCCAGAAAACUAGCAGGUCCUUUGAGUUUUGAGAGAACCCAGCAGUGCCCAGUUGGUUCUGGGGAGCCCAGCAAGAUGCUGACCCCACCCCAUCCUUGUCCCUUGCCCUAGCGGAAGAUGCUGCCAACUUCUGGCUGGAUGGCCUUGGGCAAAUUAUUUUAUUUCUCUAACAGAGUUUCCUUUUUCUCAUCUGUCAGUUGGGGGUGACAGGGAGUUCACUGGUGGCCUAGAGGUUAGGAUUCUGGGCUUUCACUACCAUGGCCCAGGUUCAAGCCCUGGCCGGGGAACUGAGAUAUCCCACAAGCCGUAUGGCUCGGCCAAAAAAAAAUGGGGGUGACUGUGCCUGUCUCAGAGGGCUGCUGUAUGGACGACUGAGGUUAUGAGGGUGAAGUACUGUGCUUCCCACAGAUGGUAAACUCAUUACUGUUACCUAAAAAUUGGGUUCCCCUCUUGUUGGGUGUCGAACCAGAAGACACAACCAAGCCAAAGAGCAGGAGAAGGGACGAUUUAUUACUUGCAGCGAGUAAGGAGGACCCUGGAGAUCUUUCCCAAAGCAGUGUGUCCCCAACAGCCACACUGGGGACGUUCUAAACUAAGGGUACAUGCAUAUUCAUGACGGGGCUUGAGCAGAGGAGAAUUCAGCAUGGAAUUUGGGCAAAAGUCAACAGAGGCCAAGCUUCAGUUGACUGAAGUCACAAGGGCCAGAAAAGGUCAACAUCACCAUCUCUUAAGUUCCAGUGGAGCUGGUGGUUGAGUGCUUCAGGCUAAUCUCUACCCCUGAACCAGAACUGGGAGUCUACAACUGAUUUAUUAUCUCUGCCAUUCUUACUUCUCUUGCCUAAGUCAUUCCGUUCCUCUGUUCCCUCACGAUCAUUAUUACUGAGACCUGUUCAAGGGCAAGCAUCGUGGCCAGGCUUAGAUCACAAAACGGUUUAGGCUUAAAUGGCUUCUCUGACGUCCAAAAACUAUAUCUGGGGACUUCCCUGGUGGGCCGGUGGGUAACACUCCGCGCUCCCAAUGCAGGGGGCCCGGGUUCGAUCCCUGGUCGGGGAACUAGAUCCUGCAUGCAUGCCGCAACUGGGAGUCCGCAUGCCGCAACUAAGAAGUCUGCACGCUGCCACUAAAAGGUCCCGCGUGCCAAAAUAAGAUCCUGCGCAGCCAAAAUAAAUAAAUAAAUGAAUAAAAAUAAAAUCUUAAGAAAAAAAAAACUAUAUCUGGAUCCCCCUACCCUUUCUGCUUAUACCGUCACCACACUUAGCAGAGCCCCAUGUAUAGUUUGUGCUCUGAACAACUAAAAGGGGCAUCAUUCACCCAGAUUACGAUGUGAGGGGCAUCCCAGGAUUUUAGCACGUGACUGCCCUGUAUUGGAAAAGUGAGAUGAACUAGCAUACACUUAAUAAACAUAUCUACUUCAUGCAUGCAUCCACCAUGUAUGCAAACAUGCCUACAUCACAUUCCUCCACAUCCAAACGCUAAAACAAAAGUUCCCCCCAGCUACAGCCAGGCCUGGCUGCUCCCUGCUCCUGCCUGUCAAGUCUGCUCUCUGCACACACACCCUCACCAGCCCCUUCCGACUCAAUCUCGUUCAACUUCACUUGCCUCCUUCCCCAGCCUAAUGCCUGGGAGACCUUUCUCGUGACGUCCUUGCCGUCUCCCAGUGGUGUGUAACCACAUUUUCUGCUCUGCUCUUCUGGUCCUCAGCAUGCGGCAUUUCCUCUGUUCACAGAGGUGGGGUUCUGCUGGGGAAGGGCCCUAGACCAUGCUGCCUGCACCGUGCACAACACAACCUAGGUGCCCUUGACUGAGGUCACAUGGUAAUCUAGAGCUCACCUCUGGAUGACUCACUGCCACUCCCCACAGCAGCUGCCCCCGUUUCCUUUAGACCCCUCUCUACACCCUCCAACUGCACUGCAAAGACGAGGCCACAUCAGGGAACGGAGGUCCCUUAGAAUACAUAGCUCCAGAGCUUCGUCCUCUGGUCUCUGAGAAAGUGGGGUCAAAAUGUGCUAGAAAUCUUGCCAUUUGCAACAAGAUGGAUGGACCCUGAGGGCGCUAUGCUAAAUGAAAUAACUCAGACAGAGAAAGACAAACACUCUAUGAUCUCACAAGUGGAAUCUAAAAAAAUUUUUUUAAUAAUUUAAAAACAACUCAUAGGACUUCCCUGGUGGCCCAGUGGUUAAGAAUCCGCCUGCCAAUGCAGGGGACACGGGUUCGAGCCCUGGUCCGGGAAGCUCCCACAUGCCGCAGAGCAACGAAGCCCGUGCGCCACAACUACUAAGCCUGCGCUCUAGAGCCUGCGAGCUACAACUACUGAGCCCACGUGCCCGAACUACUGAAACCCACGCGCCUAGAGCCCGUGCUCUGCAACAAGACGAGCCACCGCAAUGAGAAGCCCUUGCACCACAAAUGAAGAGUAGCGCCCGCUCGCCACAACUAGAGAAAGCCCGCGUGCAGCAACGAAGACCCAACGCAGCCAAAAAUAAUUAAUUAAUUAAUUAAUUUAAAAGAACAACUCAUAGAUACAGAGGACAGAUUGGUGGUUGCCAGAGGUGGUGGUGAGGGCUGAGUGGAAUAUGUGAAAGUGGUCAAAAGGAACAAACUUCCAGUGAUAAGUCAUGGGGGGAAUUCCCUGGCAGUCCAGUGGUUAGAAUUUCGCGCUUCCACUGCCAUGGGCCUGGGUUCAAUCCCUGCUCAAGGAACUAAAAUCCCACAAGCUGCGUGGUGUGGCCAAAAACAACAACAACAAAAGAAGUCAUGGGGAUGUAAUGUAUGUGGCACAGUGACUAUAGUUAAUAAUACUGUUUUGCAUAUUUGAAAGUUGCUAAGGCUGUAGAUCUUAAAAGUUCUCAUCACAAGAAAAAUGAGAAGGAAAUGUCUGAAUCUAGGACUGGGGCAAGAAAUAUACGGGAUGAACCUGGAGCGUCUUGUAGUGCCAGAAA